AUGAAGAGCAAGCAGCGCAAUGGCGGCCUCGGCCACUCGGCCUCGUUCCUCCUCGGGGCUCUCCUGCCCACCCUCAUGCUCUUCCUCCUCGCGUCCGAUCGGGUCGGGGAUCGACUGGCCAGCAUAUUCAUAUCCAGCUUGGGGAAUGGACCGGCUCAUCAGAUGAUUAGCCACGCCAACCUCUCGAGCGCGGAAAAGGACAUGCAGGAGGAGAGAUUCCGAGGGCUCGCAGAGCUGCUGCCAAAGGUGGCCACCGACGACGGGACGGUGAUCGUUACGUCGGUGAACGAGGCGUGGGCGGCACCGGGCUCCCUCCUCGACCUAUUCCGCGAGAGCUUCAAGAACGGCGAGGGGAUCGCGCACCUCCUCAAUCACACCCUCAUCGUGGCCGUUGACCCCGGCGCCAUGUCCCACUGUGAGGCGGUGCACCCGCAUUGCUACCUCCUCGAGGUCACGUCCGCCAAUGUCAGCUCUGCCAACCGCUUCUUCACCGAAAGCUACCUUGAGCUCGUCUGGGCCAAGCUCUCCCUGCAGCAGCGCGUCCUCCAGCUCGGCUACAACUACCUUUUCACCGAUGUGGAUGUUAUGUGGUUGCGUAACCCGUUCCGGCAUAUCAGCCUCUACGCCGACAUGGUCGUCUCCACCGACCGCUUCAAUGGUGACGCGGAGGCGCUCACGAACGCACCCAACACCGGCUUCUACUACGUCAAGUCCACAAACCGGACGGUGGAAAUAUUGAGGAGAUGGCGCGUAGCAAGAUCACGGUUCCCACCGACCCGCGACCAGGCGGUCUUCAACGAGAUCAAGGCCGAGCUUGCCGCUGACGAGCUGCACAUCAAGUUCGUGUUCCUCGAUACAACACUCUUCGAUGGCUUCUGCCAAUUCCAUAGCAAGAUGGACAGGGUGUGCACGAUGCACGCUAAUUGUUGCAUCGGGCUCGAGAACAAGGUGCAUGACCUUGGGAACAUGCAUGGCUGCCGACUGGAAAAACUACACGAACAAGGUGAUACAGUUGGAGAAGAGGAGUCACGAGUCCAGGUGGACAUUUCCCGCCAAGUGCGAGGCAUCGAUGGGACACCGCUAACUAUUGGAGUAUACAAUCCAGAACUCGAGAUGUCAAAUUUAGCCGAGCCGCACGAGUAG